CUGGCUCGCGCGGGUGUCGUGCACGCGGUUGUGGCUGCUGGCGGCGGGAGAACUCGUGCUCGCGCUUAGGGACGUGUUUUCGCGCUCGCGUGGUCAUGGAGGCGCCGCCAGGGCUGCUAGCCGGGAUGCGUCCAGCCAGUGGCUGGAGCCGAAAGCUGCUUUUGCUGCUGCUGCUGCCUCUGCUACUGUUCCUGCUGUCGACCAGGGCUCUGCAGGGCUUGGAGACAGAGGAGAGGCCCCGGACCCGCGAAGAGGAGUGCCACUUCUACGCAGGUGGACAAGUGUACCCAGGAGAGGCGUCCCGGAUAUCAGUCGCAGACCACUCCCUGCACCUAAGCAAAGCCAAGAUUUCUAAGCCAGCCCCUUAUUGGGAAGGAACAGCUGUGAUAAAUGGAGAAUUCAAGGAGCUCAAGUUAACUGAUUACCGUGGGAAAUACUUGGUGUUUUUCUUCUACCCACUUGAUUUCACAUUUGUGUGUCCAACUGAAAUCAUUGCUUUUGGUGACCGAAUUGAAGAAUUCAGAUCUAUAAAUACCGAAGUGGUAGCAUGCUCUGUUGAUUCACAGUUUACUCAUUUGGCCUGGAUUAAUACCCCUCGUAGACAAGGAGGACUUGGAUCAAUAAAGAUUCCUCUUCUUUCAGACCUGAACCAUCAGAUCUCAAAAGACUAUGGUGUUUAUCUUGAGGACUCAGGCCAUACUCUUAGAGGUCUCUUUAUUAUUGAUGACAAAGGGAUCCUAAGACAGAUUACUCUGAAUGAUCUUCCUGUGGGUAGAUCUGUGGAUGAGACACUACGUUUGGUUCAAGCAUUCCAGUAUACUGACAAGCAUGGAGAAGUCUGCCCUGCUGGCUGGAAACCUGGUAGUGAAACAAUAAUCCCAGAUCCAGCUGGAAAACUGAAGUAUUUUGAUAAACAAAACUGAAAAAUACUUCAUCAAGUUUUCAUGCUUGAACAUCCUCAAUAAAGGUCACUGUUUCACUCCCAUA